AUGUCAAUACCAAACUCUCCUUCUUCAAGGCAACUGAAACACUCACCAACAUCACCUUCUUAUUCAGAAUUUCAAUAUAAGCGAAAUCUACUUGAUGAAGUCAAAACUUGGCCUGAAAAUAAAGUAUCAGACUGGUUACAGAGUCAAUCCCUGGGUCGAUAUGGUCCAAUAUUUAUUGAACACAACAUUACGGGUUCAGUCUUACUCGAUUUGGAUUAUGAGGCAUUAAAAGCAAUGGACAUAAAGACAGUUGGAGAAAGAGUUCGACUCACAACAGCCAUCAAAGCACUAAGACAAGACUGCUAUCUUGCUGCUUCAUUAGCAGCAAGGUCAACUACAAGGCCAGUGGUAUCAACACCGCCUCCGGAUGGUAAACAUGAAGACAUGUUUGCAACAACAAAAUCAUCAAAGUCAGCUGAAACAAGUAGUGGCUCAAAGAGUCUAUUGAACAGGUCCAACUCAUUUUCUCGGUUCUUGGGGAGAUCUGAUUCAAAGAAAUCGCAAAAAAGCACAACGUCAAAUACUUCAGCAAACAGUAACGUACAGACUCCACCUCCUCCUCCACCAACAGACCCUUCGAGUCCCAAGACAAUUCAAAAACGAAACUCUCUAGAAGGAGGUAUCAUGUCGAUGGAAAAGGUGAAGCAGACCUGUGUUAAAGUGUUUGGAGAGGAUGGUCAAACACGUAUAGUAAAUGUGCUUAAUGCAUAUGAUUCCAAGGUGAUUAUGGCCAAGGUAUUGCAUAAAUUUGGCAUCGAUGAAUCAAAUGCGGAUAACUUUUGUAUAUUUGUUGGUUCAAGUACAAAUGGAGAAGCUCGAGCACUGUCAGAUCAGGAGUUAGUCGAUAUCUGUAAAUCAACAGAUCGCCCUGAAAAGGAAAGACUGAUUUUACGAAAAAGACACAUGUAUCCUACACAUGAAGAGUUUAAAAGAAAAGGAACGAUCAACCGAAGACAGUUUCAGCCGAGUAGUGAUAGCUUGCUCCACUCAUGGUCAAAUCAGAGCAGUGCAAGCAUCGUCACACACCGCUCACAACUAAAUAAUCACAGCAGCACUAGCUCAAAUAACACAACUAAACCUCGUCGUCAAUUCUUUGGCGAACGACCACCUUCUGAAGUGAUCUCCUCCAACCUUCCUUCCUUUUUUCCCAAUCACAAUCGAGAGGUAUUAGAGACAGCAGGUAUCAAGGCGCAACGUUUAUCCAUGAUUCGGCGCAACUCUUCACUUUGCCGUACUGAGCCUCGAGGUUACCGAAACAGCGUACUGCCUGAACUAGUUUCAGUUCUGGGCGUCGAUUUGGACAAGUUUUUAGAAGAAAAUGAUGAUGAUGAUGACAAUGACGAUGUAGUAACUAUAGAUGAUGAAAGUACCAUGGAUACAAACAGCCUGAAUAUACCCGACUUUCAUUCUAUUGUUGACAAUCAAAAACGAUCGCCCGUAGUUCCGACAAAGCUUAAGGCGGAUGAAAAGCCCGAAGAUGUCGCCCCUGUCCUGACAGUGAAGGAAUCCCAGCCUAAGCCAGCCAAAGUUUUGCCAGAUACAUGGAUGAAAGGUUCACUCAUCGGUCGCGGCACCUUUGGCGAUGUCUAUUUGGGCCUUAAUCCUCUCAGCGGUGAGCUCAUGGCAGUCAAACAAGUCGAGCUGCCUGUCGAAAAUUCAGCUACAGAGGAACGUAAACGCUCAAUGGUCGAGGCAUUACAAAGAGAGAUUGAGCUGCUGAAAGAACUGGAGCACGAGAACAUUGUCCAAUAUUUAGGCUCACGGAUAGAUAAUUCUUACUUUAGUAUCUUUUUAGAGUAUGUCCCUGGAGGUUCAGUCGCCGGAUUGCUGGCUAGUUAUGGCGCAUUUCAAGAGCCGUUGGUGAAGAGCUUUGUCAGGCAAAUAUUGAAAGGGUUGAAUUAUUUACAUAAUAAAGAUAUUGUUCAUCGUGACAUUAAAGGUGCCAAUGUCUUAGUGGAUAACAAGGGCGGUGUAAAGAUCACUGAUUUUGGAAUAUCGAAAAAGGUAGAGGAAAAUAUCAUUUUGCAGGGACAGCCUCCAUCUGCUGCACACAGACCUAGUUUGCAAGGAUCAAUUUAUUGGAUGGCACCGGAGGUCGUCAAACAAACGCACUAUACACGUAAAGCAGAUAUCUGGUCAUUAGGCUGUAUGGUCGUGGAAAUGUUUACAGGUGAUCAUCCCUUUCCCGAAUAUUCACAAAUGCAAGCCAUAUUUCAGAUUGGUAGCUACAUGGCACCGAAUAUACCUCCAAACCUGAGUGAAGAUGCACAGGACUUUUUAAGAUGCACCUUUCAACUAAACCACGAAGAGCGACCUCCAGCUGAUGAGCUUUUGAGACAUCCGUUUAUAAAAGAAGUAUCAACUGAUGAUGAACUAGGGUCCUUAUAA